CACACACACACACACACACACACACACACACACACACACACACACACACUCUCAGCUAGCCGCAGAGCUAGCUCGUCUCUCUCUAAAUGUCCACGAUGGAUUUAAACAUCAUGUUGUCGCAGUUUGACGCCGCCAACGAAGAGGACGUCGACCAGCUCCUGACGCAGUUUAAUCGAGAGAACAGUCACACCUUUGCUUUUGAACAAAAGGAGGAAACCCUGCGGAGUAAGCUGUGUCAGAGUGUGUUGACAGUACUUGGGAGGCAGGUGCAGCCCAGCUGUCAGAAGACGUGUCUGGAGACACUCCGCAUCCUGUCCAGAGACAAGCGUGUCCUCGCACCUGUAGCCACCAGGGAGGGCAUGCUGAUCCUGGGAGGGAUGGCGAGGCUGCGUGCCGGAGAGGAAGAAGUUGACAACGAGAAAAGCUCUGAGGAAGACGCCCUGUCGGAGGAGGAGGAGAGGGUGGUGGUGGAGGCCUUGAAGUGCCUAUGCAAUGUGGUGUACAACAGUCCUGCAGCUCAGCAGGUUAGUGUAGACGUGCAGCUGGCUCAUGGUCUGUGUGCCAGCCUGCGUAAGGCCCGCACGUGGCACCACGAGGUGGGCCUGUUCACACUGCGCCUUCUCUUCCUGCUGUCUGCCUUGAGGCCCGACGUGAGAGGCAUUUUGAGGAGAGAUUGGCAUGCUGUGAGGCUACUGUCGGAGGUUCUGGAGCACACCUUGGAUGUGCGCUGGGUCGGUCCCUAUGAAGCUGCCCGUCCGGAUCCACAGGCCCUGACCUUGCCCGCAGAGGACAAUGAGCGAGCAAUGGAAGCACUGAAAGCCUUGUUCAACCUCACGCUGUCUUACGCUGGUGGUAAGGACGACGACCAUCAGUUCCGACUCAUCGCUGCCACCCUGCGUCAUCUGUUGAUGCUGAAGACUGAGACGGAGGAGAAAACAGAGGAAGCACACAGCCAUGCCGUCAACCUGCUGAAUAACCUGCCUGUGUCCUGCCUCGACGUGCUAAUUGACGUGCCUGUUCAGGGAGGAGAGGAAAGAUAUGGUGGGAAAAACAUGGAUGCAGUGCAGAUGUUACUAGACUUCAUGGAGAAAAGGAUCGACAAGGGCUCCAACUACAAAGAAGGUUUGACUCCGGUGCUCAGCCUUUUGACUGAAGGAUCCAGACAACACAGGGAGAUCCGCAGAUAUAUCAAAGCUCAGGUACUUCCCCCACUGAAAGACGUGAAGAUCAGGCCAGAGAUCGGCACCACCGUUAGAAAUAAGUUGGUUCGCCUUAUGACACAUGUUGACAUGGGUGUGAAGCAGACGGCGGCAGAGUUUCUCUUUGUCCUCUGCAAAGAAAGCGUGGACAACCUUUUGAAGUACACAGGAUAUGGAAAUGCGGCAGGACUCCUGGUGGCUCGAGGACUUCUCGCGGGAGGGAGAGGAGAGACUCAGUACUCCGAAGAUGAAGACUCAGACACAGAGGAAUACAAAUCUGCAAAACCCUUCAUCAACCCGAUCACCGGCCACGUGGAGGAGCCGAUGCCGAACCCAAUCGAAGAGAUGACAGAUGAGCAGAAGGAGUACGAAGCCCAAAAACUUGUGAAUAUGUUUGACAAGUUGUCAAGGCAGAACGUAAUCCGGCCAAUGGGUGUCAGGCCUGACGGGACGUUAGCACCUCUUGAGGAGACGCUCUGUGAUCCACCUGAGGACAACUCAGAAUCAGACUCUGACUAGUGCACUGCACAUUUAGGCCCACUUGUUCCAGGCUGAGCUGACCGGGGCCCCAACACGUCUAAAGCUGUGUCCCAUUUCAAGGGCUGGAUUGAGGAUGAUGCCCACAAAGGUGGGUCCUCUAGAGGAGCGAGGCUGAAUCUGUGUCUCCGCCCCUAAAAUAAGAGUUCACUGUCACAGAAAGAGUAUAGAGCAGAAGUCAGUCAGAAGAUCCACAUACUGCACUGAUAUCUCCCAAUGAAUCACUCUAUUAACUUAAAUGGACCGACAGAUAUCAGCAAAAUGUGUGGAUCUAUUGUCGAGACUACUCAAACCCAAACUAAUGGUGGAAUUUAGGCUCAGUUUUUCAACUUAUAUCACCACGAAAUCGCAUAAAAUUGGACGACAAAGUUUAAAGAGUGUAGACCAUGUAGGUAAACUGCAGUGGGUGCAAAAACCACAAAAGGCCCCGCUCCCUCUGUAGAUACAAAUGUCUGAAUCUAAGGUAACAAAAACACAACAAUUCUUAUUUUCAGGUGAUUAUACACUAAUGAAAACAUACCUAUGAAUAUUAUAUAAAAAUGUAUGCCAGUAGAUCCUCUUCUAAAUGUUACACACUGGACGUUUUAAAUGGUUGUAACUGGGACACGUUUUGUGAUACCAGAGUUAUCUUGUAACAAAUGCAGUACAACUGGCAAAUAGUGUAUCAAGUUAAAAGUAAAUACAUCCAUAUAACUUCUAUUUAUCUGUAUGUUUAUGUCAGGCAUCUGUUACUUAAAAUUAGCUGUGUAAAUUAUCAUGUUUUUUUAAAUAUAUAAAUAUAUAUAGAUGUAUAUUAAAUGCAAAUACAAAAUCUGGUAAAUAUGACAAACAAAAAUUCACAAUUUUACCAAUUCACAAACAGUCGCCUGAACACAUCGCUCAACAGUGGACCGGUGUGCAAAGGAUUUUGGGUUGCGGGAUCAUUGAUCGUCUCUAAGAAGAAAAUGGCUUCCUUUGCCUCAUUCAGAGUUUCGUUUGAAGGGGGACAGACCUCAUCAGCCCAUUAUGACGUAUUCAGUCUAGAAAUGUCCGGCCCCGAACUGGGACACAGCUUAAACUUGUCACAGGAAACUUUUGAGGCUCUGUUCGCAGCUGUAAGUGGACUUGGACGUGUGGCAGAAAGACUGGCAGCACAAUGAAUCGGAGGCCUCCGUGGUUACUGUUGCACCUUUUUAAUCAUUUAUUUUCAUUGCUCCCUAAGUUGAGAAAAUAGAGAUAAUAUAAUUUUUGCUGGAUUGUGUGAAUGUCACUGAAAGAACUGUUAUGUUUAAAAGUGUAAUUAGGUCUGAAUAAUCAUUCCUUCACCUGUGCUUUUGUUUUUCACUUUUUAUAAGUUUCUCUUUAUUUUAUUUUUUUCCUGCUAUCUGAUGAUUUUGUCCACUCUUUUUUAUUAUUUCUAGAUUAUUAAAGUACACACACACACACAAAAUCAUUGAAAACUGUUAACAGUGCACCGAGUUCUUGGUUUCAUGGGGCCUGUCCGGUAAGGACCACAGGUUUGAUGUAUAUUAAGAAAUCAGACGGUGUCAGUGUGGGCAGUUUUAACUUGCAGCUCACAGCGAGUAUAUGUGGUGAUGUAAUGAUCAUGAAUGUUGCACACACACACACAGUCUGUCGGCAAGGAAACUUUCUAGAUUCAGGGCUUGUUGGCUUACUGUCGACGACUUCUUUUCGCUUAAAAUCAAGACUUUAAAUGGAAAGAUGCAACAUUUUCCUGCGGUGGAUUAUAGUGAACAGAUUGUUUCUGCCUCUUGUUGACAAAGAAAUGUGUAAACUGCAACGAUUGUUUUUAAUCCAUGUUACUUUUGCCAAAAUCUGCAUGAUGUUAAAUCUGUUCUCUGUGAUGUGAAUUCCUUUUUUUCUCCCUUUUUUUUUUCUCUAGAUUGAAUUUUUUGUUAAUUUUAUAUAAAUCCACAAGUUUAGUGUAUGUAUAACUGAAUAAUAAUAUUCCUUUUAUGUUGGUACAAUUUAAUCAAGUAUAAAAGCUGCCAGUUCUGAAAUCAGCUGCAUGGUUGUGUACGGUUUGGGUCCUGAACUGAAACCCUGCUCUGGAUUACAGAUACAUUUGUUUUUUAAAUCCAGACAAAGUGAAUAUUAACCAGAGAACUUGUGUCAUUAAUACAGGAAUUGAUGACCGUUCACUUGUUUUGAUAUUGAGUAAUCAUGAGCACACUAUUCACCUGACCUGUGAAUCACCACUACUGCCUGCUUACACACACACACACACACACACACACACACACACACACACUCACACUCACACUAAGUCAGAUCAAAAAGAUAAAUUAUUUCGACUUGGCCUCACACCCAAAAAAGAGCUGACUCAACAUUGUGAGUCGCCUCCUAAAUCAUGUGACCGUUAAGCCACGAAAGGUCAGACAUGUGCGUCACAAUUUAAAGGAAAAAGCAACAAUUAAGUGUCUUAGUGAGGUCGUUUGGCCUCCAGAAGCCUCAAGAACAACUUCAGUGCAAACAAAUGUUAAUACUUCCGUUUUGUUAUGUUCCUCCACUCAUUUCUUCAGGUUUUCCCCUUUAAUUUGUCAGGCAUCUGUGGACCAGAGUUUGUUUCUAUUGUGCUUUUCCUUCACAAUCAGUCCAAAAAAAAAUAUCUACAUUGCAUGUUGAUCACUUCUCCAUGUAGAAAGAAUAUGUUAUGGGAAUAUGUUUGUUCUUUUUUUUGCAGAUUCUUUACAUACUGUAAAUAGCGCCACACUUAGAGGCUUUCACUGAAACAUUAAUAAAAUGGAGAAUACAAA